AUGGUAUCUAUACUAAUGCCAACAUUUUUUGGUGCAUUUUUAAAAGCUUAUAAGACCAAGGUGUCCCGCAAUGCAAACAUGGCUAAACUUCAAGCUAGUUACCUCUUUCCUGAGGUUUGUCAUGACUCUUGCAUUUUUUUUGCACAAUUUCUUUGUCCCUUUAUUUCCUCAAAUUUUGUUUGCAUAACUAGUGAAUUUAUGUUGUAUCCAUACUCAAGGGUUGGAAAUUUGCAUCAAGUGGAAAGGUUCUAUCUUUUCCAAAUCGUUUGUCACAGUCCCAGUCUUGACACUUCCAGUGACUCACUUCCACACAUGUUUUAA